ACAGGGGCAGAGAGUUUCCUCGAGUCUCCUCCAAAGGGGAGCGGAGGGAGCGAGCCCGCGGCAGCAGCAGGUGAAAGCCGGAGGAAGGGGCGGGUGCAGCCGGCCAGCCGCACAUCUGGAUGGGAGUUGCCAGGCGGAUCCAGGGAUGGGGGGGUCGUAGGAGCCGGGAGCCCAGAUUAUAAGAGGACCGAGCCCCUUUCCCCAGCCCUCCCUCCCCCCCAUUGCAGGCACCGAGGGGGAAGGAAGAGAGGCACCGGCUGAAGAUGCAGCUGACUCAGUGCUGCUUCGUCUUCCUCAUCCAGGGAAGCAUCCAUCUGCUGGUGAUCUGUGGCCAAGAUGAUCUAGGGGAGGAUUCAGAACAAGGUGAACCUGAUGCUCAAGACAGAUCCCAAGUGCAGAAGAAAGGACUUCGGCAAGAGCUGCCCCAAUUAGCUCAAGCCUUAUUUCAGAACUCUACUCUCUUGGAGCUGGUCUCAAGUUCACAGAAAUUCUGGGAAAUGCUGGACAAUGUAUCUGAGCUAGACCGGGAUCCACAUGCUAGAGGACGCAGGGACUCUGUGACAAAUACAGGCAAGUUUAAGAAAAUUUUUGGCUGGGGUGAUUUUUAUUCCAAUAUCAAGACAGUGAAGCUAAACCUCUUGAUUACUGGGAAAGUUGUUGAUCAUGGCAAUGGCACAGUCAACGUCUUCUUCCGGCACAACUCCACUGGGCAGGGAAAUAUCUCCGUCAGCCUUGUCCCUCCAACCAAAGCAGUGGAAUUUGACCUUGAGCAGCAGAUCUUCAUCGAGGCCAAAGAAUCCAAGGUCUUCAACUGCCGAGUGGAAUAUGAAAAAGUGGAUCGUGCCAAGAAAACCACACUCUGUACCUAUGACCCUUCCAAAACUUGCUACUAUGAGCACACCCAGAGUCAUGUCUCCUGGGUCUGCUCUAAGCCCUUCAAGGUCAUCUGCAUCUACAUCACCUUUUACAGCAUAGACUACAGGCUAGUGCAGAAGGUGUGUCCUGACUAUAACUACCAUAGUGAUGUACCUUAUUACCCCUCUGGAUGAUAAACUUUUUCCAUCUCAGGGAUGGCCCAGAGACUAUUGUACUGUGGGGAAUGUUUUGCAAGCAGAAUUGGAGUACAGGGUUCUCUAGAAACCAGAGUUCUGAUGCAAACAGGAGGAAGAAGAGUACCUAUUCUCCCUAAAAGCCUGAGUGAUAGGGAAAGGAGUCAUAGAUUGAGGGUACUGGCAUUUCUAAACCUGACCCAGAUCCAUGGUCUUUAGAGACUAACAUAUGGGGACAGAGCCCGGAUCUAGGCUACAGAUAAAUAGAACAUGGAACACGACUGGGAUUCAGGUUUCUCAGUACAAGAAUACUUGCCUGGAUCUAGGUCAUAUUGUCAUGAAACGGAAGUCUGGAUAUUGGGUAAAGAGGUCAAGAGAAGUAUGUUGACAGACAAGGAAGAGGAAAAAAGAAAACACUGUGGCCCAGAUCAAGAGCAAGAGAUCUCUAUGAAGAUAAGGAUAUUAAUGGACAAAAAGUGCAGGGGACUUGUAAUAGUUCAUUAAAGAUGGCUGUAAGACAUCAUUGGCCAAUAAUCAAUAUACUCUACAGAAGUAUGAGCUGGAGUUGAGUAUGGGGUCUCACAUGUCUAAUACAGAUUUGGGUGCAGGUAUGUCCAGAGACUAAGCAUUAAGGGCUCAGAAAUGCAAACAUGUUGGAGGGUCCUCCGAUUCAGUGGGCAGCAAAGGGAAAAGGGAUAUUAGAUUAUGUUAUUGAUGUUGUCAAGUCAAGGUGAAAUAACAGCUCUUCUCACCACAAGGUUUUCAGGGACUCUCGGCCACUCUGAGCAUCUGGAGAUUUUGCUGAAUCUCAGAACUAUGGAUUUACAGAUAAAGAAACUCUGGUCAAAUCUGUCAAAUAUGUUGACGCAGUAUAUGAUUCAUGCCUUCCCUUCAUUUCACAACUAUACCCCUUAUCACUCCUGUUCUCUCCCUCCCAUCUGCGUCUUGUACCUUCUGCUCUCUCUGUCAUGUCAGUAUCCCCCAUUCUUCCUGUUCAUUCCUCUCUCUCUUUCUCUCUGUAGCUGAUCUUUUUCUACUCAGCAUUCAGGUCCAUUUCUUCUUCUUAGCCCAAAAUACUCUGUAGUUUCUGUAUUUCUUUGGUGAAAAGGGGGCGUGCGCGUGUAUGUGUGUGUAUAAAGUAAAGCUCUGACUGUAUUAUUUAAAUUUUACUUAAAAAAAAAAGCUGUCCUUGAAAUAGAGAAUAAAGUUUCCCCAGUGCUAUGAAGGAAAGUCAGGUGGUUGGGUUUUUUUUGGGGUGUUUUUUUUUUUUUUAAUUAAAAAAAAACACACCUCAUCUCUGCAACGUCUUUUCUCUGGUUAAAGAAAAAAACAACCUUGGUAGAUAACAAAUAAGGUACAAAAUUCAUGCCCUCUCAACCCUACAACAUGCCUACUCUAUUCUAUUCAGAUUCUUCAGCUACACUCACUCACACUAAUAUUUAAGCCACAGAUCUACUUUUUUAUGAAGACUGGGACUUGAACUGCUGAACUUUAAAGCCAGGUGGGUUGCUGUUUCUCUGCAGAGGGGUGCAUUUUGAAUUACGAAUUUAGCAUUCCUAACCUCAGAUAUCUUUCUUUUCAUGUAUGUUAAAACAGGCUCUUACUUUGUCUGCCCAUGCACUCAGUCAUUCUUUUAAAGAGGUAAAACUUGUCCUCACCCCCAGAAGCCUACCUUUACUUCUUGAAGAUUUAACAGCUGCCCAGCAUUGUGUUGGGUUACAAGACUUUAUCCCAUCCAAGUUCUAAGCAACACUCAUAUGUAGGUUAGUUAUGCAUUAAAAUUAAAUGACACUUAAGGCAGGUUUUGUAAUCGGGUACAUUGGGGUUUUUGUUUAGACAA